AGUUCCAGGAUUAAUGUAAUUCUUCCUGUUCAUAUCUCUCUCAAAAAUUGAUUUUAUUAGUUAAAAUUGCGUUCUGCAUUAAAUAACCAACUUUAGUGUAAACGGCUCAAGUUAGAGGAACAUAUGAUCCAGAAUGGACGACGAUGUCACCCUGCCCGCCGACACAUUGGCCAUUCUUAACGAAUUCCUAGCCGAACGCUCGAGCCGCGAGGCUGAGGAGAAGGAUAGGAUUGUCAACAAGACCGGCAAAGAGGGAUUCUUCGAAGAAGAUUGGCAACUCAGCCAGUUCUGGUACAGCACGCAGACCAAGCAUACAGUGCGGGACGUUGUAGGAAAGCUCCUGGAGGAACGAGGGGCUGAUUCACCGGAUAACUUUCGCAUAGCACUUCUUUCCUGCCCAUCCCUUUACAAGGACAUCAAAGAUAUCCAUGACCAGGUCAACAUCUUCGAGUUCGAUCAACGGUUUGGCGCUUACGGCACUGAUUUCGUGUAUUACGACUUUAACUGCAUUGAUAACAAUCCGGACUACCUCAAGGAACACCACAAGCAGUACGACCUCAUAGUGGCCGACCCGCCCUUUUUGUCCCAGGAAUGCAUUACCAAAAUGUCGCAGAUAAUCUCAAAGCUCCAGCGCAAUCCCAGGGAAUCCAAGCUGAUCUUCUGCUCCGGUGAGGUAGUGGAGCCAUGGUUAAUUACCUGCCUACCGGUGCACAAAUGCAACUUCCGGCCGGAGCACGAACGCAAUCUGGGCAAUGAGUUUGUUAGUUAUGCCAACUUCAAUUUGGACAAUUAUAUUGAAAAUAAAUAAGCACAUUGCAUUCUUUUA